AUGGCUAUCAACAUUAACUUCUUCGACCACUCCAUCAGAACCACAGUAACUUGUGAUCCAGAUACAGUAACUUCAUGGAUCAAUAGCAUUGAAAUUAUCCACCAUAGACGUCUACGCAACCUCGUCGUCGGCCUCGAUAUCGAGUGGCUCCCUAACUUCUACAACCGACACCCCUCUCGAAACCCGAUAUCUGUACUCCAACUCUGCGUAGGACACCAUUGCCUUGUUUUCCAGCUUCAGCAUGCUUGCUAUAUACCUCAAUCGCUUCACAACUUCCUUAGUGAUGAUGAUUAUACCUUUGUUGGUGUUGGUAUUGAUGAUGAUGUUCAAAAGCUUUAUUAUGAUUAUGAUUUGGAGGUUUCUAAUACUGUUGAUCUUCGUACUUUGGCUUCUAUCAGGUAUGAUCAGCCCACACUAGGCAAUACCGGGUUGGUAAAGUUGGCAGAAAUGGUUCUAGGCCUGCAGUAUAACAAGCCAAGGGACAUUACUAUAAGCAAUUGGACUAAUCGAUAUCUAAGUGAAACUCAAAAGGAAUAUGCUGCCAUCGAUGCCUUCCUUUCUUUUGAGAUUGGCAAAUGUCUCGAUGCAGCACACUUUUAA